AUGACGGUCACCUACAAUCGUGACGUUUCUCAGACGUCCAUUGUGUCCUUCCUUAGGCUACAGUUGCGAUGGCGUGGUUCCAUAUGGAAAUCCGUGUUGAAGGAAUUGACUAUAUUUACGACAGCGUUCGCGAUUAUUACGACAGUUUAUCGAACUAAUCACUUCCUAUCAGAAGAGCAAAGAAGGUUCUGGGACAAUCUAUCUGCAUUAUUUGAUCAAAAGCUGGACUACAUUCCGCUCACCUUCAUGCUUGGUUUCUUCGUAACGAUUAUCGUCAGCAGAUGGAACGAAUACUUCAAUAAUAUCGGAUGGGUGGACAAUACAGCAUUGGUGAUGUCCACCUAUUUACGAGGAAACGAUGAAAAAAGUCGGAUGAUGCGAAGAAAUGUAAUUCGAUACAUGGUGCUUACACAGGUGCUAAUCUUUCGAGAUAUUAGUAUGCAAGUUCGACGUCGACUUCCCACUCUGGACACCGUGGUUGCUGCAGGCUUUAUGACUGAAGCGGAACGUGAUAAAUACGCUGUAUACAACAACAAAUUCAAAGAGAUCCGAUGUACACCUCAUUUUCUUCCUGUGCAUUGGUCAUACACGAUACUCUUUGAGGCGCGUACAUCCGGUAAACUGAGCUGCGAUCUGAUGUUAAAUGAGAUCAUCAAGCACAUUGGAGAUUUUCGCCGUGGUCUUGCUCAGCUCGCCAAUUUCGAUUGGGUCCCUAUUCCUUUGGUGUAUCCUCAAGUAGUCUUCCUUGCUGUCAGAGCGUACUUCUUCCUUUGUCUUAUUGCUCGACAAUCUGUUCUUAUCGACGGUGAACCACCAAAAGACGCGAAUCCAUUGUAUCCGUUGGUGCCUUUUGCUAUGACUGCUCUUCAGUUCGUAUUCUAUGUUGGAUGGAUGAAGGUGGCCGAAAGUCUUAUGAAUCCACUUGGUGAAGAUGAUGACGAUUUUGAAUGCAAUUACCUGAUCGACAGGAACCUUCGAGUCGGGUUAACAAUAGUCGACGACUGCUACGGUGACCUACCACAACAGCAGAAAGAUGGUUUUUGGGGAGCUGAGGCGAUAGAACCAUUGUACUCAGCUGAUUCGGCUGUGAAACCUGUGAACCCACAGAUUGGUUCCGCUGCUCACUAUGAGUUGGAACAAGACGAAGUCGUCAUGAUGCCUCAUAUUGCCGGAGAUGACCUGGACGAUCUGUCGAUAGACGAUGCAGAGGCGAGACUAUUGCCUCGGGGUAUCUCUGUUGUUUCUGUGAAUCGUCAUUGUGGUAGUCGCACAAGCCUUGCAAGUAGGAGAGGUGUCAUCGACAGUAUCCGCAAGCAAUUUAGUCGGGCUGGUGUAGCGCUCUCGGUAAGAGGUUUCGCUGUCUGCACGAUCGAUCGGAGAAAUGACAUGCGAAAAUUGUCACGACCAACUCGACUCAACAUGUCGCAAAUGUCCUUGAACAAUGAUCUGAAGACAACUAUCGAAGGUGGAAGUUCACUGGAUAUUCUGAAUGAUCUUGCUGACGAAGCAGCACGAAAUCCGAUGCUUCUCACUCCAGACGGUGAAAUAUCACCGGCUAGCCCCCUGCGAAGAUCUCCGGUGACCGAAACAUUGACAACUGUGCCGGAAGAGGAUGAGGAAAGUCAGCGAACACGGAAUAGUGUCGAUUUGAGGCGAUGGAGACAGGAAGCGGAGAAAGAUCGACGGCAACAAUGA